UAUGAGCCUCUUCAGUUAACUCCACUUUAAUGUAUCAAUAAAAGAUAAACUUAUUCAACUAAUAACAUUACUUUGUAAUAUAACAACUAAGGAUAAAAUUUAUAUUGCAAAGAUGCUUGAGUUGUUGAGGUAGAUUACUUGCACAUUGCAAACACCUGGAUCAACGAAAUUCAGGCUUAUGUAACUACAUUCUAUUCAUCAUCAAACAUUUUUCUUUUUCAGUAAAUAUUUUGAAAUAGUUGAAUUGUGCUAAAUUAUCAAAAAAAGAGAGAGAGAUAAUAAUAAUUCAAAACAAUUUAAUGAAGGUUGUUAGGAUAAAAAAUUCCCUAAGUAUUUAGCCAGAAUAAUUUUAACUAUUUAAUUUAUGAAAUUAUCUCUAAUUAAAUUAAUGAUGAUUCAUUAUUAUUAAUAUAAAAUAAUUUUUUAUUCCAUCAAUUAUAUAAAAUAAGAGAUAGAGCAUUUGAAUUUGAGCAAAUAAGGAAAGAUAUCAUUCAAGACCUAAAAUUUGAAAAAGCCGCGGAGAAGAACACUAUUGAAAACUUGACAC